CAGAAGGCAGGCUACGAAAGAAAUGUGGCAUCGCAUUUCGCUUAGUACGGACUUAGACUGCUCUAAGUGGCGGUCGUGCACGCCGGUGUCCGAUCACGACGACGACGACGAGGUCGUCUUUUUAGAACGCGUGACAGAGAUAUUACCAGACUUUAAAGAGAGUUUACAGCUGCCUCCUGUUGCUGGACACUGUGGAACACUCUCGUCUUCUCACGUCGCCUACGCCUGCUUGCGUAAACCGGAUGCUCGUCACUGCCGCGCUAAUACGAAUUCGGUAGCCGUGGCUAAUUUCCUCGAGCGUAGUGUGAAUAUUUCAGCGAUAUAUAACCGUGUCAAGUGACAACGAUCGUGACAGUGACACUGAAGUGCGCGUGGCCUACGUGCCACGCCAGUAACUUGUGCUAGCAGAAAGACACGAUACGAUUAAUCUUUGUCGAUACCAGAUCAUCCGAAUAUCUUUUACGUUUAUAUGACAUAAGAAGAAGAGACACGUGUGUGACGAAGAACGUGGCUAUAGUUUCGCGAAGAACUGCGAACGAUCCACUUGAAAGUCGACGACGUCCCGGUUGUCGCAUGAUAUUUCAAAACAAGCAAACUCGCGUGUGCGCCCUCGUGCUUGUCGGCACUACUGUGAAUCGCGCUAGAGGGAGAUAACCGAAGAGAGAGGGAAUACGGAGGAUCCCGUAUACAGUGGAAAAAGCGAAACAGAAGGAUACAAGUGAAAGAGACAGAAAGUAAAAAGGAUUCAGUGAAGAGAGGGAACAGUCACGUAUUUACUCUUCUACGGUGGUAUGAAGCUAACCUAAAAACCGAUUCUCGGUCCGUUUUGUACGUAUACCAUCGAUGGGCACGAUUCAGCAGCGCAUGCGCAGAAGAAAUUGUGUGUACAUUGUGCGCGAAUUCCGAUUAUUGUGGUCCUCCCAGGAAUACGGUAUUGUUCAAUUGCGCGGCAAACAAAAUAGACCGAUCGAACGUGUGUUGUGAAAAGUGUUUCGUGGAAAAUAAAAUUACCAAUGUUUCUAAAGUGAUAAUCGUGUUACGUGCCUCGUGUUGCGUUUCUACAUUCAGAGAGGAGGGAAAAGGAAAAGGAAAAGGAAAAGGAAAAGCAACGACAAGUUCAAGCCGAACGAAGUAGCGUCAUAUAGGAGAAGAAUAAUAUUAAAAAUAAUCAUACUGCGAAUUGUGUCGGGGCGAAUGUAUGACGGAUCAUGGUUUCUGCGUCCGGCCCUACAGGGAUCCUAGCGGGACGCCCUUCUGGUUCUCAGUGCCCUCAGGGUUCGCUGUCGUCGCAAAAUGGAAGUGCUUCGAAAAUUCAUAAUGAUAAAAAUGCCAAAAGUCUGGAGAACGCGAAGCAACGACACGAAUCGGAUCUUUACAUCAGGCCGAGCUGGACCGAUGCAGCGAUAGCAUUAGAUCAACUCGAAAAGGGCAAAGCAGAAGGUCAGAGGUCUGCGGUGUGGAUCAGGGCAAGGCUGCAGGAUCAGCUGAGUCAGCUGGGCUACUUCCUGCAGAGGCACGCAGGCAAGGUCCUCUUCCUCGCGAUCGUCGCUUUGGCUACGUUCUGCGUUGCCCUCAAGUCCGCUCAAGUUCACAGCAAGGUCGAACAGCUUUGGGUUCAAGAGGGUGGAAGACUGCAAAAAGAGUUAACCUAUGCCUCGGAAGCGCUGGGGGAAGCGGCCGCCUCGACGCACCAGCUCGUCAUCCAAACGCCGAGGCAUUCCGGGGCGAAUAUUUUGCACCCUGCCGCACUCAAGGAACAUUUAGCGAUCCUGAAGGCGGCGACGCAGGUCACCGUACACCUCUUCGAAAUCACGUGGAAGCUGAAAGACAUGUGUUACGCGCUGAACAUACCCAACUUCGACAUGCACUACAUCGACCAGAUAUUCGACAGUAUCAUACCGUGCGCCAUCAUUACUCCGCUCGACUGUUUCUGGGAAGGCAGUAAACUCUUGGGACCGGAAUACCCUGUCCACAUACCUGGCACGCAAACAAACAAGCCGGUCCAGUGGACGAAUCUGAAUCCAUUCGGAAUGCUGGACGAGAUGAAAAAACUUCAAUUCAUGUUUCCCUUCAAAAUUCUGGAAGACUACAUGAAGAGAGCCGGGAUAACGAACGGCUACCAAAGCAAACCUUGCCUCGACCCAACGGAUCCGGAGUGCCCGGAAACCGCGCCCAACAAAAAAUCCCAACAGGUACCAGAUAUAGGAGCCGAAUUAACGGGUGGCUGUUACGGUUUCGCGGCGAAAUAUAUGCACUGGCCGGAGGAGCUGCUGGUUGGCGGUGCCAAGCACAAUAAGACUGGUCACUUGACCCGCGCAGCUGCGCUGCAAACCGUUGUGCAGCUGAUGGGAGAACGAGAGCUUUACGAUUUCUUCGCCGGCACCUACAAGGUGCACCACAUCGAUUGGUCCCAGGAGAAGGCUGCCCAAGUGCUAGAGACCUGGCAACGGGCGUUCAGUAAUCAGGUGAAGAAACAUCUGGACGCGAAUGGCUCGGCACCGUACAAUUUGUACGCGUUCAGCACUACCACCAUGAACGACAUACUUGGAAAGUACAGCGAGCUGUCCGUUAUGAAGAUCGCCAUUGGUUGCACACUGAUGUUACUGUACGCUGGUAUAGUGCUUCUUCGAUGGAAGGACCCGGUGCGUUCGCAAGCAGGCGUUGGGAUAGCGGGAGUAACGUUGAUCUGCGCGACUGUGGCGGCUGGUUUGGGGUUCUGCGCCCUCCUGGGAAUCCCCUUCAACGCAGCCACCACUCAGAUCGUCCCGUUCCUAGCCCUGGGACUCGGGGUCCACGACAUGUUCCUAUUGACACACACGUACGCCGAGAUUUCGGUGAACGAAGUGCCUAGCGGAGAGCAGACAGGUGUGGUCCUGAAAAGGACAGGUCUGUCCGUCCUGCUGGCAGGGCUCAGCAACGUCUCGGCCUUCUUCGCGGCUGCAAUUAUCCCCAUUCCUGCGCUUCGAGUGUUCUGUCUGCAAGCUGGAAUACUGUUGCUGUUCAAUCUGGCCGCCAUGCUGCUCGUCUUCCCAGCUAUGGUCAGCUUGGACCUGAGACGACGUCGAUCUGGUCGUUCGGACAUCUUCUGUUGCUGCCUGCCGUCCAACGCAGGGAGGAACAGGUACGCGAACCGACUGAGCAACGGCGCCGCCAAACAAACGAUGACCAGAUCGAUCCCACCGGAACGACGCGAGACUUGUACGCAGAUCUUGACUUCGCAGAACGCGCAGAACGAGUCCUGGGUCGGUGGGAACAUUGAAGUGGAUCUGGACAAACAGUGCUCCGAGGAGGAUACCCUAACCGGCUGCAGUCAGGAUGACUGUCUGAGCUUUUCUUUGACUCAGAUGGCCGCGAGGCAUUACGCCCCUUUUGUCACCAGACCAGCGACCAAGGUGUUUGGGAUGAUGAUCCUGAUCGCUGUUCUAGCGGGCAGUGUCUGGCAGGCUAUCAAAGUGAACGAUGGUCUCGAACUAACUGACCUGGUCCCACAGAAUUCCAAUGAACACGCUUUCCUGGCCGCUCAAGCAAAACACUUUGGAUUCUACAAUAUGUACGCUGUUACGGGCAGGGAUUUUGAGUACCCUACCAAUCAGAAGUUAUUGUACGAGUAUCACGACGCCUUCAUGAGGAUAAAGAACGUGAUCAAGAACGACAACGGAGGUCUUCCAGAGUUCUGGUUGAGUCUGUUCAGGGACUGGCUGAGAGGGCUGCAAAGCGCUUUCGACAAGGACUACAACAGUGGCUGCAUCACACAGGAGAGAUGGUACAAAAAUGCCAGCGACGAAGCGAUUCUAGCUUACAAAUUACUGGUGCAAACUGGUCAUGUAGAUAAUCCCAUCGACAAGUCUCUGGUUACCCAGGUCAGAUUGGUCGACUCCGAGGGCAUCAUCAAUCCUCGUGCCUUUUACAACUAUCUAAGCGCAUGGGUGUCGAACGACGUGUUAGCCUACGGUGCUUCUCAAGCGAACUUGAGACCAGAACCAAGGCAGUGGAUCUAUACCAACGAUCACGAAUUGAAGAUUCCAAAGAGCAUGCCCUUGACGUACGCGCAGAUGCCGUUUUAUCUGCAUAAGCUCACCGACACGCAAGAGAUCACCGAGCUAAUAGGCAGCGUAAGAAAGUUGUGCAGGAAGUUCGAGGAACGGGGAUUACCAAAUUUUCCCUCCGGCAUACCGUUUCUAUUUUGGGAACAGUACAUGGAUCUGAGAAGUUGCCUAGGCAUCGCUCUGCUGGCCGCUCUAGCGGCCAGUGUCGCGGUCGUUGGAAUAUUGCUGUUGAACCUCUGGGCAGCUCUGCUGGUCGGGACUUGUUUGGCCGGGGUUGUCCUACAACUUCUCGGAAUUAUGGGCCUCUGCGACAUCAAACUUAGCGCUGUUCCGGCUGUCUUGUUGGUUGUCAGCGUCGGGAUCGCUGUACAUUUUACGGUGCACAUUUGUCUGAGUUUCGUUACGAGUAUCGGAAGCAGGGAUCGAAGGAUUCGUCUAGCUUUGGAGCACAUGUACGCGCCAGUAAUUCAUGGAGCUCUUACGACACUACUGGCAAUCGCGAUGUUAGCCUUCUCGGAGUUCGAUUUCAUCGUUAGAUACUUCUUCUUGGUACUACUCUGCCUUAUUGGAAUCGGCUUGGUAAACGGGCUGUUCUUCUUCCCCAUUUUGCUAUCGUUGAUUGGACCAUCUCCAGAAGUGAUACCCAACGAGCAUCCGGAUCGUAUUUCAACGCCGACUCCUCCUGCCUCGCCGAUUGUUAGAAGAUCGAAGCCACCUGCGCCUCCGAGAAGAUCGUACAAAAUUGAUAAUGCUAGGUUACACGCUGAACCCUCGCUGACCACAAUCACCGAGGAACCCAAUUCCUGGCACAGUACGCAAGAAUCUUGCAUUAUAGUUCAGCCAGAAUUGAAGGUCGAAACAACGUCUACGUGUGGCAAUCAGAAUUGUAGCGGAUCAGAUACAAGUGGGUCUAGUCGAAUGUCACCAGUGACAUCAACAUCUCAUAUCACAACUAAGGUCACUGCGACAGCUAAUAUCAAGGUUGAAGUUCACACACCGUUAACCAUAGGUACAGUGGAUCGUAGCGAGAAAUGCAGGCACACGGGUUCCACUAGCCGAAGGAGCUCGCGCUGCAGUGCGAACGUUAAUGCUGGGGAGUCUUCCGGUUCCAGUUCUGAACCGGAUUCAGACUCUAACCCAAACAAACAUUAACAAUAAGUACCGGGAAGACCGGCAGCUACUGCUCAAGUACCAUGCAAAACGGGAACAUACAGAAGGCUGACUAGGAUAGAUUUAUAGUCUCUCUUUUUCCUCUUUUCUUUAGUAAUGUAUACACCGAUGUGCGAGUACCCCUAAAUCUUGAAUACUAAUUACAUUAUUCGAGAUACGUUCGCAGAAAAUUUUAGUAUUUAUUUAACCUUGCAUUCAUCAAAUUACAGCCAUUAUUGUGUUUCAGUAAAUCACUGUCGGUUGACUCACCUAUUUUUUUUUUUUUUUUUAUAUAUAUGUAUAUAUAUAUUUUUUUUUUUUCUUUUUUCACAAACUCCUGUUACAGUAAACCGACCCAUAUAGUAAAAUAAGUUGAUAAUAAAAUUAAUUAUACUAGUUUAACGUAUUAUUAGCAUACUACUGCAAUAGAAAAAAAAUGGCUGUAAUUUGAAAGCAAAGUCAAAUACUAAAUACUUUUGUAUGAACUUUUUUAUUGCCUUUUAUACCCUCCGUCCCAGAUGUUAUGAAACACCCUAUACAUUAAGAAUUAGUCACUGCCAAUGCGGACAAAUCUCGAUUAACGUGAAACAUUUAAAGUUCCCAAUAAUGAUUUUAAUUCGGUGGGUAUUCACACAUCAGUAUUAAUAGAACGUGUUUGUCUCUUAAAUGAACUUAAAGAAAAAGAAACAAAAGUAUUAUGAACUCAAAAAUAUGCUUUUAUAUUCACUGAAUCGAUACGCACAGUGAAAUAUUGUAUAUAAAUGUUUUCAAAGACGCAUUUACGUAUCGUACAUUCAAUGCAGACAGUGCACGAAUGAAAUAUUCAUUUAUUUCUUCAUCGUAUUGAAUGUGUGAUAAUCAUCGGAGAUAAAUGAAACGAUAUGUUUAAUGACUCAACUUAGGAGCACAUCAAAGAAAAUAUUUUACUACGCUCUGUGGUAUACGACGGUUUCCAUGAAACUAUAAGGAUAUUAUUUUACAAAUUAGAAAAUUUUUUAUUGUCUCAUGUACAACUAUAUACGGCGGAGAUGUUAUUAAAUGCACAGAAUUUGAACAAUUAUUUUAAUUUUUAUUUAUAUUAUUGUUAAUAACAACUCGUAAACUCUGUUAUGUAAAACAAAUAUUCUAAUGUGUAAUAUCUUUUUUUUUUAAAU